AUGUCCAACUCCACCUCGUCGCGCAGUCAGUCCUCCUCCCCCGAUAUCCUGGGCCCACCGGGUGACGCAGAAUACCUCAUUUCUUCGCCAAUGAAACCUUUUGUUGGACGCCAAAGCUGGGUGUCCCCAGCUCCAGUGAGGCGCCAUCAAACUCCCGCGAAACGAGCUCCCGCGAGACAAACCCCGGCGAAGCGGUCGCGCGCCAGCCUCAGUCCUGCUAAAGGCGCGCAUUCAAUCCAGUUCAACGAUGUUAUACUCCCCGGAUCGCCUUCAAUGAAUUUUGAUGGUCGCCAGAGGUCGAUCUCUCCGGAGAAGCAGGAUGGAAAUGUGAGCCCGUGGCGCAUUCGGCUCACGCUCGAGGCGACCCAAGAUGAAGAGGACGAGAAUGAGAACCAAGCUAGUCCGUCGCGCAAACGAUUAAAACCCUCAACAACCACCACUAUGAUCCCUUUGAAGGAUGAGCGGAGUCCAUUGAAGGAGAAAACACCCGCAAAGCGACGAGGCCGUCCACGCAAAUCAGAGGCCCAGACACCGACAGAUUCUCCAUUCCCUGGUAGCCCUGGCCAUACUCCCGGACCGCGAUGGGAAGAAUCUCAGCCACGAAAGCGAGGCCGACCACCCAAGGGUACACCCAGACCGAAGGCGCAGGAUUUCCAGAUGGUGGAAGAUCAGCCUACACCGACUGUGGAAUAUGAUCAACCUUUUAGUCCGAUGAAUGUCGUACCCAACAGUGACACUGGCUUGGGCGAACAGCUCAGUCCAAUGGAUACUGUUGCUAGUGACGCCAAUCAACGAUCAAGUCCCAUGGACACCAUCACCAGCGAUGCUCAUUGGGGUCAACAAGGUAGCCCGAUGGAUACUUUUGCCAGUGGUACCGACCCGGGCUUACAGCCCUUCAGUCCGGAGGACGAUUUUAUUCAUGAUAAUGUUGACGUUAACCGCCAACCCAGUCCAAUCGACCUAGCCGCCGAUCCAGAUUCUGAAGAGGACUCCUGGGGGAACUCUGACAUGUCCAUUGCUGAUCUUCGAGAUCCCACUCAAACGAUGACCGAAGAAUUUAAUAACACCCGUCGUGAAUAUGGGCGCACGAGUCUGGAGACACCUGUCAUUGGCGCCACAGAACAUCACUUCUUGGACAAUGAUGACAACAUACAUUCGACACCUUCCAAAAUGCCAUCUCCUUCCCGUGAGAGAGCCAUCGCAUCAUCUAGAGCGUCUCACAACACGCAAAGUCCGCAGCCACGUACAUAUCCAACUCCGACUCCCACCUCUUCGCUGGCCGAAGAAGAGAGUCAAGCACAACAAGCUGAUGCUGAACAGCCCUCAGAGAGGAAUGGGCACCCUGAGACUGAUCCGCUUGCAGAUCCAACAGACGACCAUGAAGAGUUUGAUUCCAUCAUGGAAAGUGAAGGGUUUACUAUGGUUUCCCUUGAUACCCUUCCAUCUGCCAAACAAUAUGGACUUAGCUCUAGUACUCAGGCUGGAGAUCGAGGUUUAAAGCCGAAAGAAGUCGGAGAUCGAUUGAAACGCAGACUUGCCGGAACGAUCGAAGACCUCCGACGCGAUACUCGUGAUCCUAUAUCUCUAAGCCCACGUACAAAUCUUGAUUUUAUGAAUUACGACGGGCCAACACCUCGUAUUCGGCCACAUGCACUAUUGCGAUCGACUGAGCGACCUUCCGUUAACUAUCUCACCGAAGUCUCCUACCCGCAACUCCAUGAUGUACAGUCUCCUAUCAAAGCACUUGCCCCCCCAAAGAGGAGAACAUUUAAAAGUCUGGCCAAACUUGUUCGUACCGGCAUUGCUUUGCAAGGUCUGUUCAGACCAGAACAAGACGAAUGGUCCGACCAGAACGAUGGCAAUCGCAAAAGACAGCGGUUAGAAAGAGUCUUCAGCUCAUUCAACCCUCGUACUCGACGCGAGCUCCGGAUCGCCUUGGGUCUAGGGCAGGAACUUGCAAUGCGGCGAAUGAUUGCCGAUGAAGAAGCGGCCGCUGCGAUUGUGGCAGAGCGGGAGGCCUACGCAAAGCGCCAAGAAGAGGAACGCCAGGCAGAGGAAGAACGCCACGCCGAGGAGGAACGCCGAGAAAGAGCAGAGCGACAAGCCCGGGCUGAACGCCGAGCAAAGGCAGAGCGCCUCGCCGAGGAGGAACGCAAAGCACGGAUAGAUCGUGAGGAAGAGGAAGAACGCCAAGCGCAGGCGGAACGCUUAGCCGAACUGGAGCACCAGGCAAAGGAAGAACGCCAAGCAAGAGCAGAGCGACAAGUACGGGCUGAGCGUCGAGCACAGGCAGAUCGCCUAGCCGAGCUGGAGCGUCAGGCAGAAGAAGAACGUCGGGCGGAGGAAGAGCGUCAAGCACGCGCUGAACGACAAGCACGCGCUCAACGUUUGGCACAGGCAGAACGCCAAGCCGAGCUGGAGCGUCAGGCAGAGGAAGAGCGUCAGACAGAGGAAGAGCGUCAGGCAGAGGAAGAGCGCCGGGCAGAAGAAGACCGCAAGGUAGAAGAAGAACGCAAGGCAGAAGAGGAACGUCAAGCACGGGCUGGACGUCGAGCAAAGGCAGAGCGCCUAGCCAAGGAGGAGCAACAGGCGCAGGCAGAACGUCAAGUAGAAGCAGAGCGUCUUCAAGCAGAGGGGGCAGCAAAUGACUAUGAGCAGCAGCCAGAAGAGCCAGCCUUUUACGAGUCUGGUGACGAGAAAGUAGAGGAGGUUUAUCGGGAAGACCCUUCUGAUGACGAAGUGGAAGAACUAGACCUGUUCAUACCAUCGCCACAACCCAAGCACAAUAACACCAUGCAACAAAGCCCGAUGUCUGUCCAAAGAUCACGGCGAGAGGCACAGUGGCAGCUUGAACGAGAAGAAGUCAGUCGCCAGGCCUCAAACUCAAGGACCGCAGUUUACAUCCAGAGUGAUGAAAGUGAUGCUGGGGUCGAGGAGUACGAGGCCGUUGUCGGAAGGUCGUAUGACGAACCCGCACCGGAUGGUGAAUCGGAUUUUGAAGAGCCUGAGGAUUUUAAACCUGAUCUUGUGCCUGAACCCUUGCCCCGUGAACAGCAAGCAGCCGAUUCCGAACCUCUGGAUGAGCUCGAGGAGGAAGAUGGCUACGAUGAUAUCUGGCAACUCGAAGCCAACGACCACGACCAUAUCUCAGAACAUUCCGAAGAUGAACGCCUUCGAGAGGAGGCCGCAGAAGCUGCCAGUCCUUGGAGAGAUCUUGCAGCAAACUCAGUGCGUCAAAACCAGUGGAGCUCGUCUCCAGGCUACGUUGAUACGGAACGUGAUAGUCAAUUGUACUAUGGCCCAUCUAAGGUUCGUGAGCUCCGAGAGCAAAAGGUUGAUCUGGAUGCUUUGCUCGCGGAAGAAGACACGCCGAACCGUGCGCAAUACUACAAUGGGACGAGCACCCCUCGCGCUAUGCUAAAUCGAAGGCUAGGGACCCAACGGUCCCUCCUAAAUGGGUCUCCUUUGAAGGAGAGGAAGGAGAACGUGUCCCGUACCCCGGCGCAUAUUCGUUUGCAGCCUCUCUCCCAAUCUCCAGACGUCCCCCAGGCCGACGAGUCUCCUAAAGUCUCUCAUCAAAGCCCGCAUGCGGAGCACUCAUUGGAAGAAGAAGAUGACGACAGUGCUUCGAACGCUGCUCUUGAUCGAUCUAAGUCUGCUGAUGCGCCUUUAACAUCAACUCCACAGACUCGUCAGCCCAGCGGAGGACAAGGGUCAUCCUGGUUGAAGAGAAUCACCAGUUUUACCCCACAAUGGCUGAAAGCUCCUACCAGAGCACGUAGCUCAAGCGUCACUACUAUCCCCGAAGAGUCAGAGUAUGAAGACGACGAUGAAGUGGCUCAAAUUGAAUCCGCGAGGGGACUUGAUGGGCACCUUGAUGAUGCACCACUCUCUAGGCAAGGAAGUCAAUCACCUGCGAGCCCUUGGCAACAACUCACUCGAUCUCCUCGAAUGCAAAAGGAUGAUCAAUCUGCAGUCGAAGAUGAGGAGUCAUUCUAUGAAAAAAGCGUGUCUGGAGAGCCUGUGGAGGAUGCAACCCCAGCGAACGAUCUGCAUGAGGCGUCUCCAGGGCCUAGACCACUUGCUGUCUUCGGUUACUUCUCGGAUGCACAUUAUAUCGCUCUUCGCCGUAUCUACCAAAUAGCGAAGCGCUACCCCGAGCGUUUCCAGUACUUCGACUCUCCAGGUCGGGCUGCUAUCGUCGGUGAUUGGAUAUGGACAUCAGAUGGCCAUCACGGGGUGCCCAUUACAGAGAUCCAAUUUGCUAUUAUCGACCGAUUCGCCCAGGAACUUUCUCGGGCAGAUAUCCAAUACGGUGGAAGUGGACAGAUCGAUUGGACGGAAGCCGAUCUGCAUCGGAGACUCAUUAGCAUUAUCAUUGGCGAGCAGAUCCGAGAGGAAAGGAAGGCCAAGGCCAACCGGGGUACUUCAGUUGAUACAUGGCGAUGA